UGGGACAUGUUUUUAAGUGAUGGCUGCCAUACGCAAAAAACUGGUUAUAGUUGGUGAUGGUGCCUGUGGGAAAACAUGUCUACUCAUCGUCUUCAGUAAAGAUCAGUUUCCUGAGGUGUAUGUUCCAACAGUUUUUGAAAAUUAUGUAGCAGAUAUUGAAGUGGAUGGAAAACAGGUUGAACUGGCACUUUGGGACACGGCAGGACAGGAAGAUUAUGAUCGGCUUAGGCCUCUCUCCUAUCCAGAUACAGACGUUAUUCUAAUGUGUUUUUCUAUUGAUAGCCCUGACAGUUUAGAAAAUAUCCCUGAGAAAUGGACCCCAGAAGUGAAACACUUUUGCCCUAGUGUGCCAAUUAUUCUCGUCGGGAACAAAAAAGAUCUGAGAAAUGAUGAGCACACACGGAGAGAAUUGGCAAAAAUGAAGCAGGAACCUGUAAAACCCGAAGAAGGCAAAGAGAUGGUCACCAAGAUUUGCGCAUAUGGAUACAUGGAAUGCUCAGCAAAAACUAAAGAUGGAGUGAGAGAAGUUUUUGAAAUGGCCACACGGGCUGCCUUGCAAGCUAAGCGCCCGAGGCAUAAGGCCUUUUGCAGUGUUCUAUAAAGCAAAAAUGCAAACCAAGUGCAUCCUACCACACACUUACAGUCACUUGAUUUCUAAAGAGAAUCUUGAAUUGAUGUUUGUUAAACUUAGUAUGAUAGUGUCUUGAUUAUAUUGGCCUCUCAUUUAUCUGUAAUACUGUUCCUGACUAUUCCAUUUGCUAUCAAUAUUUAAAAGCCAAUCAAGGUUUUUAUUUCCUAGCUCAUUGGUGUGCUGAUGUAUAGCUCUGGUCAAUUUUACAAUAUGCAUGUAUGCACCUAAACUUUGGUUAGCCAUUAUUGUAAGUUUUUUUUUGACCUAUCUACUUUACAUAAUGAACAGGUGCAGCCUUAUUGGUAGGAAAUGGCACUCUGUCAGCCUGUAUUUCUCAACAUAGAACCAAACCAAGAAGUCAAUUUGGCACCAUUGUUUAUAGAUGUAGUUUAAUUCAACUUUUGUAUAAUUGGAUUUCAUAACGCUAAUACUGCAGCCUCCACUGAAAUUUUUAAAAGUGUAAUGGAAAAAAAUAAAAGUUGAAUUCAUUUGUAUAACAGCUUGGUAACUUUCUGACAUUGAUAACUGAUGUAAACCAAAUCGGGCUUUAACAUACUUAAGUACAACGUGGAGAUUUUAAUUGGGGAAGGGCUAAGAGUUGGGGAAAGGCGGGAGUUCUCUCUUCGAUCUCAGACACUUUGCUGAUUAAAUAUGAGAUGCUGUUCAGUUUGAGGAGUAAAGCUGGCUAGUAGCUCGGUAAACAGAUUGGCAUGGUCAACCACGCCAUGCGUUCAAUGCCUUCUAUUUAUCAUAUGUUAGUAUAUGUACUGCCUGCCUUUAUGAUUUGUUUUUAACAUUGGAGAUAUAUCUGAGGUUCUGAAUGUACCUCACCUGCAGUUUAAUAGGUGUGUUUUUUGGCUGUAUCAGUAAAUAGUUACCAGCAAUACUAAUAGCAAAAUAAAAGCCGUUUUUUUUAAAAAAAA